AUGUGGAGGUUGAAGAUAGGAGAGGGAAAUGGAGAAGACCCUUACUUGUUCAGCAGCAAUAAUUUCGUCGGACGUCAAAUAUGGGAGUUUGAUCCCAAAGCCGGUACACCGGAGGAACGAGCCGCCGUGGAAGAAGCUCGUCGGAGUUUCUUGGUAAACCGUCCUCGUGUUAAAGGUUGCAGUGAUCUCUUGUGGCGAAUGCAAUUUUUGAAAGAGGCGAAAUUCGAGCAAGUGAUCCCGCCGGUGAAGAUCGACGACGGCGAAAGCGUAACCUAUGAAAAAGCGACGAACGCGUUACGGAGAGGAACUCGUUUCUACUCGGCUUUACAGGCUUCCGAUGGCCACUGGCCGGCAGAAAUCACCGGAACUAACUUCUUCCUUCCUCCGUUGAUAUUUUGUUUGUAUAUCACAGGACACCUCGAGGAGAUGUUCGAUGCAGAACAUCGUAAAGAGAUGCUUCGACAUGUCUAUUGUCAUCAGAACGAAGAUGGUGGAUGGGGAUUACACAUCGAGAGCAAGAGCAUUAUGUUCUGCACUGUGUUGAAUUACGUAUGUCUGCGUAUACUCGGAGAAGGUCCCAAUGGAGGACGAGAAAACGCCUGUAAACGGGCCAGACAAUGGAUUCUUGACCGUGGUGGUGUCACUUAUAUUCCGUCCUGGGGGAAGAUUUGGCUAUCGAUACUCGGAAUCUAUGAUUGGGCUGGAACCAAUCCAAUGCCUCCGGAGAUCUGGUUGCUACCUUCUUUUCUUCCAAUACACUUAGCGAAAACUUUGUGUUAUACCCGGAUGGUUUACAUGCCCAUGUCUUAUCUAUAUGGSAAGAGRUUUGUUGGUACAAUAACACCUCUUAUUYURCAACUGCGUGAAGAACUCCAUKUACAACCUUACSAAGAAAUCAAMUGGAAUAAAACAAGGCGUCUAUAUGCAAAGGAAGACAUGUACUUUCCCCAUCCUUUGAUUCAAGAUUUGUUAUGGGACACUCUUUAUGUCUUUGUGGAGCCAUUCCUUACCCGUUGGCCGUUAAACAAGCUUGUGAGGGAAAAAGCUCUUCGGCUGGCAAUGAAGCACAUACAUUAUGAAGACGAGAAUAGCCAUUAUAUCACCAUCGGAUGUGUUGAGAAGAUGUUGUGUAUGCUUGCUUGUUGGAUUGAAAAUCCGAACGGGGACUACUUCAAAAAGCAUCUUGCUAGAGUUCCGGAUUACAUGUGGGUCGCCGAAGAUGGCAUGAAAGUUCAGAGCUUUGGAAGUCAACUAUGGGAUACCGGGUUUGCGGUUCAAGCUAUAUUUGCUAGUAAUCUCUCUGAUGAAACCGACAAUGUACUCAAGAGAGGACAUGAUUUCAUCAAGAAAUCUCAGGUUAGAGAGAACCCUUCUGGUGACUUUAAAAGCAUGUACCGCCACAUUUCCAAAGGAGCAUGGACUUUAUCUGAUCGAGAUCAUGGAUGGCAAGUCUCAGAUUGUACGGCUGAAGCAUUAAAGUGUUGCUUGCUGCUCUCCAUGAUGCCAGCUGAGGUUGUUGGCGAGAAAAUAGAUCCUGAAAAUGUAUACGAUUCUGUUAAUCUCUUGCUAUCUCUUCAGAGUGAAAAUGGAGGUGUGACUGCCUGGGAGCCUGUCCGUGCUUAUGAAUGGAUUGAAUCUAUCAAUCCCACAGAAUUUUUGGCUAAUCUUAUGGCUGAGCGUGAGUACGUGGAAUGCACCUCAUCUGUUAUGCAAGCUUUAGUUCUGUUCAAGCAACUCUAUCCCGAUCACAGAACAAAAGAAAUCAGUAGAUCCAUCGAGAAAGCGGUUCAAUUCUUAGAGAGAGAGCAAACACCAGACGGUUCAUGGUAUGGAAACUGGGGUGUUUGUUUUAUCUACGCCACAUGGUUUGCUCUUAACGGCCUAGCAGCCGCUGGUAAAACAUAUGAAAAUAGCCUGGCUAUGCGUAAAGGUGUUGAAUUUCUGCUCACGACACAGAAAGAUGACGGAGGUUGGGGUGAAAGCUAUCUAUCAUGCCCUGAACAGAUAUACAUACCAUCGGAAGGGAAAACAACCAACCUGGUGCAAACUGCUUGGGCAAUGAUGGGUCUGAUUCACGCUGGACAGGCGGAGAGAGAUCCAGUACCGCUUCACCGUGCUGCGAAGCUUAUCAUCAAUUCACAAAUGGAAAAUGGAGAUUUCCCUCAACAGGAAAUCGUAGGAGUGUUUAUGAAGAAUUGUUUGAUACACUAUGCUACCUUCAGAAACACUUUCCCAAUAUUUGCACUUGCCGAGUACCGAAAAGCUGUGUUCGUAACUCCUCAACGCCUCUAG